AUGUAUAUUCAAAGCGUAACAAACCGAUCGUCUGCCGUUAACGCACUUUUGGUAUUCGUGACGUUGUUGCCACUGUAUGCCGGUUCUUAUUGGUACCGUACGCAGCAUCCGUACGGCAGCUUAAGCACACCGCGAACCGACCAUCCAUCACCCUCGGGCUUCAUCCGCUCAUGGCUAGAUAUACAUGUUGUCCAGCCGUUCAAUCCGUCACCUAUUGCAGCCUACUGCAAUCGCACCGAGUGGCAUUCGAACCUGGUCUUCGAUCUCGACAACGCUAAUGGGGGCAUCGGCAACGUGCGCGGCAACAUCCUCGACUUCUUGCUUUACGCCAUUGAAGCCGGUGCGUCCAUCAUCCUGCCGGGCAUGGCGACGAGAAGCCAAGAUAAUCUCGCCGAUGUCUGGGCUUCACGAGCACCAUUUGACCUCUUGUUCGACGAAGAUUGGUUCUUGAUAGCCCUGAGCCAGACAUGUCCGCAGAUGGCUAUCUACAAGCCGGAGAAGGGACAGGAAAUGGCAAAAGCAUUGCCUGGCAACUACUGGCCACGCAGUCGAAGGGUCGACCUCGACGGUACAAAUACUAAGAAGGCGUACCGUGAGCAUCUAGAUGAGUGGCUGAAGAGCAAGGCAGAGUUUGUUCCAGACAAUCUAACACUGGUGAAUGUGGAGCGGACAUUGUGGGAGGUGGAUACAAGAAGUGUACCGCGUGGCUUUCGUCGCAACUUUGGACAGCUACUGCGUGUCAACCCAACCAUACGGCGGUUGGCUGCUGUGAUCGUACAGAAUCUGGUCUCCCGGUACCUUAUAUUGCGCUUCGAUGCGGGACAGGCCAUCCCUAGGCGUGCGUUCUACGGAGCGCAUCUACGCACCGAACAUGAUGCGAGAGUUGCAGGCUGGCUGGAUGCACCUUACGCCAACUACUCAUCUCAGACAAGAGCCUACAUGAACCAAGCACUUGCGAACAACCUCAACGUGAUCUACGUCGCCUCCGGCAACACCACGGACCUUGCAGCUUUCAAGGCCAAAGCAGCUGCGCAUGCUCCGCCGCUGAACGUGACCUCGAAGAUGGAGCUGCUACCGCCCUCAGAUCUGCAUGUACUCAAGCAGCUUUCGUGGGACCAGCAAGCUCUGGUGGAUUAUGAGGUGCUGCAGAGGUCGAGCGUCUUUAGCGGCCUUGUGAAGAGCAGCUUCAGUUACAACAUCGCCAUGACGAGGAAUCAAUGGCUUUAG